UGUGCCGCCGGGCGCGGGGCGGGCGGCGAGCGGAGCCGGCUGGAGCGCGCCGGGCAGCUGCCGCCGCCGUCCCAGGCGCGGGCGGUAGGAUGGAGCUGAACUCCCUGCUGCUGCUUUUGGAAGCGGCUGAGUACCUGGAACGCAGGGACCGAGAGGCAGAGCACGGCUACGCGUCGGUGCUGCCCUUCGACGGCGACUUUGCCAGAAAGAAAACAAAGACGACCGGCCUGGUGCGCAAGGCCCCGAACAACAGGUCUUCACACAAUGAGCUAGAAAAGCACAGACGAGCCAAACUCAGGCUCUACCUGGAGCAGCUCAAGCAGCUGGUGCCUCUGGGCCCUGACAGCACACGCCAUACCACGUUGAGCCUCCUGAAGCGUGCCAAGAUGCACAUCAAGAAACUGGAGGAGCAGGACCGCCGGGCACUAAGCAUCAAGGAGCAGCUACAGCGGGAGCAUCGCUUCCUAAAGCGACGCCUGGAGCAGUUAUCGGUGCAGAGCAUGGAGCGCGUGCGCACAGACAGCACUGGUUCUGCUGUCUCCACAGAUGAUUCAGAGCAAGAGGUGGACAUAGAGGGCAUGGAAUUUAGCCCUGGUGAGCUGGACAGUGUUGGCAGCAGCAGUGAUGCCGAUGACCACUACAGCUUGCAGAGUGGUGGCUGCAGCGACAGCGGCUAUGGGUGCCCUUACCGACGGCCUAGCCACCCUGGUCUCUCGUAGGCUUCAUGUCCUUUUCUCUUUGGCCUACCCACCUGCUCAGCCAAGUGUAUCAGCCCUCCAGACCGCCCUUGACCGACGCCAGCCUUUCCAUGGGCCCAUUGCUGUGCCAUUCUUGAAGCUCCAGCUACUGCCUGGGCUCCCCAUCUCUGCCAGACCACCUUUCAGUCAGGUCUCCAGCUGCCUGCUUCUCACUGCUGGGCAAGGCCCCCUGCAGAGAGGCAGGGCCAGGCUGUCAUGUCCUGGAGCCCAGCGUAGCCACCACAGUCUGUUCUCAGAUUUCUAAUCAUUCCAGAAGUAUUAAAUGUCUUUGCUGCAAAUCUUGGUGGGCUCCAUGUCGGGGCAUCAUGGGGAGCUUGGACCCCAACACCAGAUCCCAAGAGAGGAGUGGACUGAGGAAGGAAGGAAGGAAGGAAGGAAGGCUCAGCUGUUUGUCCAUCCAUCCAUCUGUUGGUCCACACAGGCUCCUGAGACAUGGACAAAGGGAUCUGUAAAGGGCGGAACUUAGUUGAGCACUUGGCGUAGGUUGGUGGCCUUUCCUUCAAGGUAUUAGAAGCCAGAAUGGUGUUCCUGGGGGCUGGCCAGGCCACCCUAUACCAAGCUGAGUGGCUUCUGCUUUGUUAGGACUAUCCAGUGUUCACAUGCACACCUAGGCUCUCACAUAAGCACACUCUCACACACAGAUACAUGGACAUCAGAGGGUAUAUGUUCUGAGAGGAUGGCCUUCAAGAGUACCUGCAGGGGUUACUCCUGGCCUGUGCCUGGCUCCCCAUUCAGGUUCCUGCUCAUCUUUGUGGCUUAGAUGACUCUUCCUGGUCUACACAUGAAAUGGGCCUUUUCUUCCUGCAGGGGCUGGGUUUAGCUGGGCAGCAAGUUAGAGCCACUGGAUCCUCUGGGCGUUCUCACCUCCCUUUCUUAAGAAAAUAAAUUUAAAAAAUUUUAAUUAUGACAGGGAGCUCCCUGAAGGGAGCCUCACAAGUCCUGCCCAUGGCAGCCUCAGCUGGCAGAGGCUUUCCCCAAAAAACAAAAAACAUUUUUAAAAAGAGAAAAAGCCCUGAAGACUCUUGCCAAGAGAUGUGUGUGCUGCCUCUAUUUCUUGUAUGAGAUUUUUGUACUCUAUUUUCCUAGCCGUUGUUGCGUCCUUGUUUGCUGAGGGGUGGGAGCAACCCAGCGUCUCAGGGACCUGUCUUCUGUCACAUCCUCAUAGUGUGCCUUGUGUCCCCUAUUUCACCCUUUCCACUACCACCAGCAUGUCCCUGUGGCUUACAGGAUGCCCCAGGCCUGCCAAUAGGUGCCCUCCUCAUCCCCUUUUCCACAGCCACUCCCUGCAGCUGCAGCCUACAGGAAGUAACAAGUACAGGCCUUCAUAGUUAUCAUGGUUGCUUUCUAUGUCCUGCAGAAGGGGCCUUCACUGGUCUCAGUGUUGCCAGCCCAGUGACUUGAUGGGACUGGCUGUGCAACCUGGGGACAACAGGCCUCUUGGGCUUGGACUUACUUGUGAACUGUAACCUGGCAGGGGCCCUUCCUUGGGCUUGAGGCAAGUGUGAGGUGUUAGCAGUAGUUAGCUGCUGGACACAGCACUCACUCAUGUAGUACAGGCCUGGGUAGUAGGCUUCUGCUGGCCUUUCAGUCCUUGAAGACUUUGUUCCUGGAGGCACCACACAGCAAUACUUGGUGGUGGUCAUAAGCUGGCCUACAGCAGCACCUGCCACCUCCUCUGGUGCAUUUGUAACCAAUUUCCCAACUGUGGAAAAAAUUCCUGUUUAUCUUCAGUUAUGUCAAUGGACAGCUCAGGAUGGGUGGCCUAUUGAGGCAGAAUGGGGUCUCAACACUGGCAUAGAACCUGCUCGGUGAAGACUAGGACGGCAGGCAGAGAGCAGGCCUGGACAAGAUUCAUGGAGUAGGGAGGAUGUCCAAACAUUUUGCUAGUUCUGUCUGCAUCUUCAGCCCCACUGGGGGGUUGGGACUUCAGUAACUGCCUGAGAAUGCCCACGGGGCAUUUGUUCUGAGCAAAACCACCCUGGGAGGAGGGCAGAGCUGUGUUUAAUGGCCUUGCUUCAGGGCUUCAGAACUCCAGGGCUCCUGAUGUGCCCUGAAUUUUUACAUCAUCAGCUACCUAUUCCAUCUCCACCUCUAUCCAGCAAAAUCCACUCCUGGUGACCAAAGUUGGAUUCCUGGGCCAACUUUCCUGGCACAUAGGCACUUGUCUUUUCAGGCUGUGAUUUCCAUAUGGACUGGGGGUUGGCCUCAUUACCACCCAGGGGUGCUAGCCUAGCUUCUCCCUGCUACAAUCAGGCAUGUGAGGAGUGGUCCAUAGGGGUGGGGGCUGGUGCUAAGAGUUACAUAUCCAUUCCUCCUCUCCCUACUCCUUGCCAUUUGCAUUAUUGGUGGUCACAGGGACCUAGCCAGGCUAUUGUAUCUGUAGAAAGAAAUCCAGACCAGAAUAGUAUCUGCCUAUGUCCUUCACCUGUACUCUGUCAUGCUGGCCAUGUGGUGUAUAGUAGCUGAGAGUGAAACCCUAGGCUCAGGCCUUGGGUCCCCUUACUAGGAGGUAAUCCACACAUACCAGGACCCUCCAUCCUAGUAUAGGCCAAGCUGGCCUAAGAGGAGGGGCUACAGAAGGCUUUGCCUCUGUGUGGGCCCUAGGUUUGCUUCUGAAGUCCUGUCCUAUGGGAUGAUGGAGUGACUGCUUGAGCUUGCCUUCCUGGGCAGAUGGAAUUACCAGGUUUGCUAGAUGGUCCCCACCGCAUUUUGUGCCCCUGACUUUCUCUGCCUCUCUCGAGUUAGCUAGCCUGCCAAACCCCUUGUUCCUGCACAGAGGGUCUUGACCCCAGGGUAGCAAGUGGGUUGUCUCAGCCUCUAACUAGGGCACUAGGGCAGAUUCUGUACCAGAUUCUGGGGCCACAAAAGGGGCCUGGUGCCAGUGCAGUGAGUGAAUUAAAAGAUCAGAGCUGCAGAGUAGAAUUGGGGCCCCACCUACCUGCCCAACAGGUGGGGUUGUGCUGUGUCAUUCUGUCAUUGUAAUAUAAAUACAGAUUUUUAUACCUCA